UGCCCCAUUCGUUCCAUCUGCACUUGCAACCGCUCUGCAGUCAAGAUGAAAUUCACUAUCGUUGCUACCGUCCUUCUUGGACUUGUGCUGACUCCAGCUCUUUCCCAGUUCCAAUUUCAGGAUGUGAAAGUAAAUAGGAGGCAUUUCCCUAAGACAGUCACCAUCAAUGUUGGCCUCGGCUUCCAAACACUGACCAUCGAUAGAAACUCCCUUGUUGCUAUCAUUGAGGCAAAUUCAGCUGAGAAUGCAUGGACAACCGUUUGGAACUACGGAACUGGCUACAUUGCAACCAAACUUGCACGAGAGGGAGUCUGCUAUGUUUCUGCAAUGAACAGAGUCCUGAUGCCUGCUCUUGACUCAAUUGCUGUCCUUGCUGAACAGACCAACAACGUGAAAGGAGAAAGCGUGCUCUCAAGGUCAAUCAGAUACGUCGUCUCCAGAAGACAGGCUCGUGAACUCAGGUCUUACGGAAACGACAUCUUCGCUCUCUGCAGUGGACUCCCAACCUUCGUUGCUUUCGAAGAGUCACAGCAGGAGGGUGGAAACCAGAUUUUCUACAACCAAGACGCAUGCUACAGACUUGAUGUCCUGAAUCUUUUGGGUCUUGACUACUGCCGUGCUGGCAAAGUUUGAACACCAUGCCUUUCCUGAACCUAGUAUCAACGCCCGAUAGCUGAACAAAGCCAUCCCUGAUACUAUUCUUCCCUGACAUCAUGUCUUUUGAGAGUUUUGUUCUUCAUGAUUCAGAUGUUGUAAGAGAUCAGUUGGUGAUAGUACCUUUCAAAUAAACACUUUUAGCAUGAA